ACUGUGAGGGAUGAGACGCACUCUUUCGCUUCGGUCCGCAACUUUAUCUUGUUGUUUGCUGUAGAAGUUUGGCAGUAAAAACAGAUUUUCAAGGAGUAAUUCUUCAAAGAAGACAAACUUACACGGGAUUUUAGGAGCUCGAAGUGGAUUGGACAAGCAUGACUGACUGCGCAAAGUGAAGUGCCAUUUUAAAGCGGUGAAAAAAGAAGCGAUGUGCGAGCGCCAUGUGCCUCUCCCCGGAGCGCCAGAGAGGAUUUAAGCGUCGUUCAUUGUGAAUUAGUUCCAAAGUCAGUCAAAAAGAUGAGAGCCGUGAAAAUAUUGCUGCUCUUCCUCCUGCACCAGAUUACAUGCAAAAAAAGUGCACGGAGGUGGAGUCACGCAGCUGAUUGAAUUUGGUGAUGGUGGAGCAGAAGAUAUCUCCCACAGGUGCUAGUCCCCGCCUCCUGAACCCCCUCCGUCUGUUUGCACGCAACUCCCCUGGGCUCAAAACCAACAUGAGGGAAAUGACUUAUUUACAGAACAUAGAAGACUUCUGGGAUUGGUUAUCUAAUCAGACAGAUACCCAAGCUGUACAGACCCGCUCCAAACGCCGGCCAAUCGUCAAAACUGGAAAAUUUAAGAAGAUGUUCGGGUGGGGAGACUUCCAUUCCAACAUCAAAACUGUCAAACUUAACUUACUCAUCACUGGGAAAAUUGUGGAUCCCGGAAACGGGACUUUUAGUGUUUACUUUCGGCACAAUUCAACUGGUUUGGGUAAUGUUUCGGUUAGCUUGGUCCCUCCUUCGAAAGUGGUUGAGUUUGAAAUCGCACAACAAUCCUCUCUGGAGCAAAAGGACACGAAAUCUUUCAACUGUCGUAUUGAGUAUGAGAAAACGGACCGCAACAAGAAGACUGCCCUUUGCAAUUUUGACCCCUCCAAAGUGUGUUAUCAGGAGCAGACCCAAAGCCAUGUGUCCUGGCUGUGCUCUAAGCCGUUCAAAGUCAUAUGCAUCUAUAUAGCCUUCUACAGUGUGGACUACAAACUGGUUCAGAAGGUUUGCCCUGACUACAAUUACCAUAGUGACACGCCCUACUCCUCCACAGGAUGA